CACUCCUGUGGGCUCCUUGGCUGGGCGAAGGAGGGCGGAGUGAGCUGGCCUUAUGUGACUGUGAGUCAUGCCCGCUUCCCCUAGAACUGGCCUCCUGUGGAAGGCUGUCUGGGGUGAGGUGGGUGGGCCCUGUGCCCCUCUGAAUUCCUUGCGUCAGCCUUCCUUGCUGCCUUGAGCGACAGCUGUGGAGGUCGCGGCUGCUGGCCGGCCUGAAAUUGUCCUGUCCUUUUCCCACGGGUAUGAGUUACCCCAUGUCCUGGAGACCAGCAGGCCCUUCUUGAGGACCUGGGGGUGGCUCCUCAGGCCGCCUCCUCCCCUCCCCACUGGCUGGGUGGGGGUGGGAAAGGGGGUGGGUGCAGCCGGCUGAGGAGCCUGAUGAUUUCCUGCCCUCACCCGGCGCUCACCACAGCUUCCUGCCGCAGGCGGGAGGGCAGGCACUGAGGAAAGGCGGGCGCCAGGCAGGUAGGCCUGGGUGCGGGGUCCAUGCAGGGGUGGCUGGUGCCCCGGACUCCAGCCCAGGCCCUGGCCUGACUGCCCCCGGAUCAAGGGUCUUCCAGAGCCAGCACUGACCCCCCCUGAACCCCAGGAGGGGAAGGGAUCCAGGGAGCCCUCAAGGAGGGUGCGGCUGCCCCUCACCAGGCUCCCAGCCUGGUGCCACUGGGCCCUAUUCACCCCUGCCGCCCAGUCCUUACUCUGCUGCAGCUCCGUCCUGGGGGAGGGCAGGGGGUGUACAGCGAGCAGCGAGGCCUGGUCCAGCUCUGUCCUGCAGAUGGAGGUGGCCGUCCCUCCCCCCUUGGUGCUGGGCGUCCUGCUGCUGCCCCUCUUGGCUGUGUUGCUGAUGGCACUCUGUGUGCGUUGCCGAGAGCUGCCAGACUCGUAUGACAGUGCUGUCUCCGAUAGUUUGCCAAGUAGCAUCAUGAUCAAACGGCCUCCUACGCUAGCCCCCUGGCCACAGGCUGCUCCCUACCCGCCUGUUACCUCCUAUCCACCCUUGAGCCAGCCAGACCUGCUCCCCAUACCGAGAUCCCCACAGCCCCCAGGGGGCUCCCACCGAAUGCCGUCUUCUCGGCAGGACUCAGAUGGCAACAACAGUGUGGCAAGCUAUGAGAAUGAGGGUGCGCCUGGGACCCCGGUGGCCUGGAUGGGGAGGCUGGGGCCUGGCCUGGGCUAUGCUGACCCCCGUGUUAUUCCCCCAGGACCAGCGUGUGAGGACGAAGAAGAAGAUGAAGACGAGGAGGACUAUCACAACGAGGGCUACUUGGAGGUGCUUCCUGACACCGUCCCGGCCCCGUGCACCACUGUCCCAGCAGCUGCUGUGCCCAGCAACCCCGGCCUCCGAGACAGCGCCUUCUCCAUGGAGUCGGGGGAAGAUUAUGUGAACGUUCCUGAAAGUGAGGAGAGUGCAGAUGCGUCUCUGGAUGGGAGCCGGGAAUAUGUGAACGUGUCCCAGGAACUGCAGCCCACUGCCAGGACUGAGCCUGCUUCCUCAAGUUCCCAGGAGGCAGAGGAAGAGGAGGAAGAGGGUGCCCCGGAUUAUGAGAAUCUGCAGGAGCUUCACUGAAGGCCUGCGUGAGGCCUGCCAGUCCUGGAACCUGCCUUCCUGGGAGGGCUGAGCUGGGCAGCUGGAAGUGGCCCUGGGGGGCCCACUUGGCACCCCACCCUGGCUUGAGCCCAACAGCCUGAGAAUUUCCCCCCUAACUUAUUGUCACUUUGGGGUCCAGUCUGGGUGCCCCCACCCUCUGCACCUUCUGACACAGCCUGAGAAUGAAGUGCCUUGGCCCAGCCCUGCUCCGUAAUAGAAUAAAGGCUGGUGUGGUCUGUAGUGCUCUUGGCUUUGGGGACCCAGUGGCAGAGUCAGGGUGAGGGUGAGCUGUGCCAGAGGGCCUGUGUCUGUGUGUGCGUGUAUCUGUGUUCA